UUUGGAUAACGGCCGAGAUACGAUGGUAAAGAAGGUCGGCAAGUACGAGAUCGGCAAGACUCUUGGCGAAGGGACCUUUGGGAAAGUCAAGUAUGCCGUGAACACGGAAACCGACGAGCGCGUGGCCAUCAAGGUGCUGGACAAGGACAAGAUCCAAAAGCAAAACAUGGGUGCGCAAAUCAAGAAGGAGAUCUCCAUCAUGAAGAUGGUUCGCAAUCGACACGUGGUCGUGCUCAAGGAAGUGCUCGCGAGUCGCACCAAGAUCUUCAUUGUGCUCGAACUGAUCACGGGCGGCGAAUUGUUCGACAAGAUCGUGAGCGAAGGGCGGUUCAACGAAGAAACGGCGCGCUUUUACUUUCGUCAGCUUGUGAACGGCGUCGAGUACUGCCAUUCCCAAGGCGUGUGUCAUCGCGACUUGAAACCUGAAAACCUGCUCUUGGACGAGAACGGCGACUUGAAGAUCUCGGACUUUGGACUGAGUGCGCUCUACGAAGGCGGCGGGCCGGACGGCGCCGAAGGAUCCCGCGCCAGUUUGCUCCACACGACGUGCGGCACCCCCAACUACGUCGCCCCCGAAGUACUCGCCGAUAAAGGCUACGACGGCCGCGCCGCCGACGUCUGGUCCAUCGGGGUCAUCCUGUACGUCCUCCUAGCGGGCUUCCUUCCCUUUGACGAGCCCACCAUGUCGGCGCUGUUUCGCAAAAUCCAAAAGGCCGAAUUCUCCUACCCGUCGUGGUUUACCCCCCGCGUCAAGACGCUGUUGAACAAAAUUUUGGUCCCGGACCCAGAAACCCGGUCUUCGUUGGCUGACAUUCAGCAAGAUGAAUGGUACAUGGACGACACCAACAAGCUCGAGUCCGCCCCCCUUCGUGGCAAUCCACUGCCCCCGAUGGUCGUGUCCAUCGCUGGUGUCGGCGACGGCGAAGACGACGUGUCCUCGGCGCCGUUAAAGACUAAAACGACGUUGGAAAAGUUCAAACUCAAGCCGAGCCAAGCCGACUUGGACGCGGCCAUUCAAGAGCAUAUUGGGGACUUGGAGAUCACCAAGUCAGCCAAGGAGACGGGACCCAAGGUCAUGAACGCGUUCGACCUGAUCAACAUGUGCGGCGGCAUGGCGCUGAACCGGAUGUUUCAAUCUGUGGACGACAAGCGCGUGAAGCGAAGCAGCCAGUUCACGUCGUCGUUGAGUGCAUCGACCAUCUUGUCAGCCAUCUCGGACCAUCUGCAGGCGUUCCCAGGGUGCGAAGUGGUCGCAGACUCGUCCAACUUUAAGCUCAAGGCGACGCUGCCGACCCCCAAGGGCGCCGUGGGGUGCACUGUGCACAUGUACGUGCUAGCUGAGUCGCUCCACCUGGUCGAGAUCCGCCGUGGCAAAGGAGAUAUCUUUGAGUACCACAAGUUUCACACGGCGCUCACGGAGCAGAUGGCUGACCUUAUCAACCCGAAUUAGCCAAAAUUAGCCAAGUAGUACAUACUAGUACAUACUAGUAUGAACAAGUACUAACCAGCCAGCAUGAAGUGUACUACGUAGUAUGUACUAUGUACUGUUAGUAUUGCCUUUCUCGUACUGUACGGUAAUGUGGACUUAUAUACUAUUAAUAACACA